AAGCUUAGUUGCCGCCAUUUCACGUGAAAGCAGCGCGGUAGGGAUGACGACUAGUGCAAAACAAUUAAAAACACCAGCUAGAAUUUGAACCAAAUUCGCUAAUUGGAGAUUUAUAAACUAACAGUAACCGGUUACUUAACAAUAGGGCCUAACGAGUUUCGACUUAACAGUCCGGCUGUCUUGCUAGGAGACGAAAAAAAUGAGCUACGGAAGGGCGCCGCCAGACGUUGAGGGUAUGACCUCCCUGAAAGUGGACAACCUGACUUACCGAACUUCGCCGGAGACUCUGCGCCGAGUUUUUGAGAAGUACGGCCGUGUGGGAGAUGUGUAUAUCCCCCGAGACAGGUACACCAAGGAGAGCCGCGGGUUCGCCUUCGUGCGGUUCCUCGACAAGCGCGACGCCGAGGACGCCAUGGACGCUAUGGACGGAGCGCUGCUUGACGGGCGGGAGCUUCGGGUGCAGAUGGCCCGCUACGGACGACCUCCGGACUCCAUGUACAGCAGGAGAGGCGCUCCGCCACGCAGAUACGGAGGCGGGUACGGCGGACGCAGAAGCAGGAGCCGUUCAGGAAGCCCUCGUCGCCGCAGACGUAGCCGCAGCCGCUCCAGGAGCAGAAGCCGUUCCCGAUCCAGGAGCCACCACCACUACAGCCGCUCCAGGUCUCACUCUGACUCCAGAUCCAGGUCCAAGUCUAAAUCCAAGUCCAGGACCCCCAGACGGAGCAAGACAAAGUCUCCCUCCAGGUCUCGGUCCUCCAAGUCAAGGAGUCGAACCCCGCCUUCCAACAGAGGGUCCAAAUCCAGGUCCCGCUCCAAAUCCAAGAGUAGGCCGAAAUCUCCAGAGGACAGCGAGGCAAUGACUUAAUCCAGACAUGGACACAACAUGACGGUAUUCAUGGGAAAGGGUGGAUUAUAUUAUUUGCUUCAAAUAUAUGAGAUGGCUAUCUGUCAUCACUUGGGUUAUUAUUCUGCAGGCUUGGUGCUAUCUAACAGUCAUUUGCACGCAAGCAACAAAGUCUGCAGAAUCCUGAAUGUUUUAUUUAAAAUAAGAUUGGGACUGAUGUAGUCCACAGUCCUAGUUCUGUGUGUCCUUUACUUUGCGUGUACGUUCAGCAAAUCCAAAGCACACACAGACAUGAGAUUUGGGUUAAUGUGACCUAAAAUAUAUUUUAAAAUGGGAAUGUAUGGGAGGGUUCUUCACUCAAAACGUUCACCUAAAUGUGGAAUUCUUUCCUCCAAGCUGCUGAGUCCUGUUUGCAAAGAGAGGAGGAGGAGGAGGAGAUGGGGGUGUGGCAGUGUGAGAGCAGUUAGUGUGUGACCCGCCCAUGUGACCUGCCUGUUGCUGAGAGCGAUGGCAGUUGCUAAGAAGCAGGUCACCAAGGCAACGGUGGUUGCUAUGGAGCAGGUCGUCAUGGCGGUGGUUCGGGCUGUCAGUUGGUGUAUGAGGUGGUGUGGUGAGGUACGUUCGCGGGAAUCACAGGCAGAUGCACUGAGCACUGUUCCCACCUGUGCCUGUGGGUUCCUCCGCCUCUCACAAAGGGAACAGAGAUCUCAGAUGAUUGAGCCUUUGCUGAGGACAUCAGGAAGAGUCUCACAUUGAGCAAGUGGACUCCACUAUUACCACUGAAUGCAGACUGAAAGGCGCAGUUGUGUAGCAGUUGAGUAAUGCUGGUUAGCUGUUAAGAUGCGGUGCGGUGCGGUGGUGACAUGGUGUGGCGUGUUGCGGUGCUGAGUGCCCGGCCCUGUUCCGGGGCUCGACCCUCCGCUGCCGUUUGCUGGUUUGUAAGCUCACAGGUGUGGCAGAUCAUCCAUCCUCUCCUGUCUUGUGACCUCUCCUUCCCUCCAUGUGCUAUACAGAUUAUUUCCUCCUUUCUUUUUCUCUGUAUUCUCCCUCCUCUUCUCCUCUGUGGUUUAUCCACUUUUGAAAACUGGUUUGCUUGCUUUUUUGAAAUUGGGUCCAGUGAAGAGUUUAAAGGGCAGUCCAGGCUGCCUAAUGAAUGAUUUUUUUUUUGUGUGUGUAUUUCAUUCCUCUGUGAACCUCUCAAAUGUCUUGUAAUUGCUUUAGGUGAAUGCUAAUAAACAUCUUUGUUGUUCAAGUCAA